AAAAAUAAAAAAUAAAUAAAUAAAAUAGAAACAAAAAGAACCCACACUGUACGAUAUCUCUCUACUUUACCCUUCUCUUGCUAAUCUCGAGCUGGGAAGAGAAGAAAACCCAACGGAAGAAGCAAGUUUUCUUCGUUUUAAUACUUUUUUUGGGGUACUUUCUCGAGUAAGGGGCAUGGCUGGGUACAAAGCCGACGACGAGUAUGAUUAUCUGUUCAAGCUGGUUUUGAUCGGCGAUUCGGGCGUGGGUAAAUCGAAUUUGCUUUCGAGGUUUACGAGGAACGAGUUUAAUCUGGAAUCGAAAUCCACUAUUGGGGUUGAGUUUGCCACCAAGAGUUUGAGUAUCGAUGGGAAGGUCAUCAAGGCCCAGAUUUGGGACACUGCUGGCCAAGAAAGGUACCGUGCUAUCACCAGCGCUUACUACAGAGGAGCGGUUGGUGCUCUACUUGUUUAUGAUGUCACUAGGCACUCGACGUUUGAGAACAUAGCAAGGUGGCUGAAGGAGUUGAGGGACCACACUGAUCCCAACAUUGUAGUCAUGCUCAUCGGCAACAAAUCCGACCUUCGCCACCUGGUGGCCGUCUCCACUGACGACGGGAAAUCUUUCGCUGAGAGGGAGUCCCUCUACUUCAUGGAAACUUCUGCACUGGAAGCAACCAACGUCGAGAGCGCAUUCACUGAGGUCUUGACACAAAUAUAUCGAAUUGUGAGCAAGAGGGCGGUCGAGGCAGGCGACUCCGGAAGCUCUUCCGCCCUUCCCUCAAAGGGAGAGACUAUAAAUGUCAAAGAUGAUGCUUCAGUCUUCAAGAGAAUCGGAUGCUGCUCAAGCUAGCUCUGGUGUAUUCUGUUGCAGCAUUGGCUUUUUAUAUUUUGGCUGUACAUGAUUUACACAACAAUCAUUUCUGUAGAAUAAGAAGCCUAAUCUGUCGGAUAAAUUUCUCUGGGAAAGUUGCAUUACUAGGACUGGUCCUGUAACUGAGAGGGUCCUUUGGGAUUGUUUGCUUUAUUAGUCCUUGUUACGAAGUACUUUCUUUUUACUCUGCAAAUUUGCUACAAAGUGCUCCUCUUUAGCUGAAUUACCAUUAUCAAUUUAUUGCCUGUCA